GACAUCUAUCAGUGCCUUCGGUGGUCCAUGGUCUAUAGCCUGUCUCUGGCGAAGUGCUACUUAUAUACAUUUCGGUGCUGCCUCGGAAUCCACAUCAUCUUUGGAGUUGGACGGAUAUUCGAAAGGAGGCGUUGUUAUUGUGGGAAGGUGGAAGAAAAAUGAUACGUUUCAUACUGAUCCAAAAUCGAGCUGGCAAGACUAGAUUGGCCAAAUGGUAUAUGAAUUUUGAUGAUGAUGAAAAGCAAAAAUUAAUUGAAGAAGUUCAUGCUGUGGUCACCGUAAGGGAUGCCAAACACACCAACUUUGUUGAGUUUCGAAACUUCAAAAUUGUGUACAGGCGAUAUGCUGGCCUUUACUUCUGCAUUUGUGUAGAUGUGAAUGACAAUAAUCUCUGCUAUCUGGAAGCUAUUCAUAAUUUUGUAGAAGUAUUAAAUGAGUACUUCCACAAUGUUUGUGAGUUGGAUCUAGUCUUCAAUUUCUAUAAGGUGUACACAGUUGUGGAUGAAAUGUUUCUAGCUGGGGAAAUAAGAGAAACCAGCCAGACAAAAGUUUUAAAACAGCUCCUGAUGCUGAAUUCGCUGGAAUAAGCAAGACUUGUGUGUUUCAAAUAAUUUGUAAAUAAUCAUGUAAACAUUUUUGACAUAUAUUUGUGUGCCAAGAUCUGACAGUUGAUUGUUGGUCAUAUAUAAUUUCAUUGUUAUACAUUCCUUUAAGUUAAGUUCAAGAUAUUUUUUGAAGUAUAGAAAAAGCAAUAUUAUAUUCUCUUUAUUAAUACUGUUUCAUUUUAUUAAAAUGUUCCACAAAAUAUACUCGUGAAGUACUACUUGUUCAUUUUUUGAAGAGUUAUGGUGCAUUGUCUCACAGGAGCAGCAGUUUAGAUAGGUAUAAGACUUCUGACUUAUAUUCAUUUUUUUCCGUGCUCUACGAACCUUAGUGGUCAGUAAAAUGUGUGAAGAGUAUCUCUGUUGAAUAUAUCACCAAAUUUAAACCAUUUCAAAUUAAAUUCAUGUAACAUAUUUAUAACUCCACAUCUUAAUCAGGUCCGGCCCCACCCCCAUCAAAUAUGUAGACAAAUCAAACACAUUGACGUCCACUAUGGCUGUGCUGGAAAAGCAGCACUGACACUGAGGCAGUCACCUUGUUGUAGCCCUUCAUAAAGUGAACAAGUAAUACCAAAAUUCAUAUGCAUAAUGUA